AUCCCUAUAACCUCUCUGGGAUCCAUUUGUCCAAUGCAACACUGCCAUCUAUGGAUAAGACUCGGUGCGCUCCGUUCUGUCGCGCGUCACGUUGCCGCCUGCGUGCGUACCGAAGGUGCGUACAGACGCCGUCCGCGGACGCGCCUGUCAUCUGGAGGAAACUCCUCCUUGCAGACAGCGCGUCCUGUCGUCUUUCCAUCGCAAUGGUCUCCUGGAUCAUCUCUAGACUUGUGGUACUGGUUUUUGGUACCCUAUAUCCUGCCUAUUCCUCUUAUAAAGCUGUGAAGUCAAAAGAUGUGAAAGAAUAUGUAAAAUGGAUGAUGUACUGGAUAAUAUUUGCCUUGUUUAUGACGGUGGAAGCGUUUACAGAUAUGUUUCUUUGCUGGCUUCCUUUCUACUAUGAACUGAAGAUAGCCUUUCUUGUGUGGCUGCUGUCGCCGUACACGAAGGGCUCCAGUGUUCUGUACAGGAAAUUUGUACAUCCCACGCUUUCCUCAAAAGAAAAGGACAUUGAUGACUACAUCUGUCAGGCAAAGGACAAAAGCUAUGACACACUGUUGCAUUUUGGGAGAAAAGGACUGAAUGUUGCAGCCACUGCUGCAGUCAUGGCUGCAUCAAAGGGCCAGGGGGUUCUGUCAGACAGACUAAGGAGCUUCAGCAUGCAGGAUCUGUCCUCCUACCAGUCCGACCCUGUUACCUCCAGUCCUGGUUCUGCGCAGUCUGGAGCGGCUCAACACCGGACCAGACCCAUCAUGCGCAGCAAGUCAGAGAGCUACAAGGAUUUUGACAUGACCGAGUAUGAGGUGUUGGGUUUGGAACCAUUGGACCCCGUAGAUUUUCAGUCCCAAACAACAUCAACCGAGUCUGCACUCGUUACACCCUCUGUGACACCCCCAUCCGACCCACCCUCUACACCCAGCCCGCCUCCCUCUCCUGCGGCUCCAGAGCAGCCUGAGGAGUUGAGCAAAGAGCCACUUUCGGCAUCGAGCUCUCCCCAGCUCAGGCUGAGUAAGAGGAAAGCUCCUGAGCCUCCUCAUAGAGUCUUAAGGCCUCUCACAAGAUCCAGGAGUGCUUUUUCUUCAAACAAUGAAGCUAUGUGAAGUUGUCUUCAAAACUCCUCCAGCUGCCUUUGCUGCAAGAAGUAAAAAUACUGAAUGGCCAAAAGCGACAUCACUAAAGCAGCCAUGCUUUGGAGUACAGUAUUACCAAAGUGUCCUCUAACGAACCCUCUCUUUACAGUAUAUAGCUAGUGGCUCAUAGUUAGAAAAACAGAUUUGAGAUUGGAAAAAUGAGCGAAUGGCCUUCAUACUGACACACGCUUUUUGAUAGAGGGUUAUUGAAUAUGUAUUUAUGUACAGUUUGUGUGUGCAUCAUGAUUUCAUUGUUUUUAUAUGUCAUUGCUGGGAAGGCAGUUGCAUGAGGGUCUAUCCAGUCGUUAAUCUGCUCUCCGUUAAACAGAAUGUGCUGAAGAUGAAGACCACAGCUGGACCUGCUGAGACAUUCACGAGUAUCCGGACUCGAGCCAAGAAUCAAUAGAAACCAAGCUGUAUUAAAACCUGUUUUUAAUGUUUAUUAAAAUAUAAACCCUCUGUAAAUUCAGUACCAAAAAGUCUGGUGGCAGCAAUUAUUUUCUUUUUCUUUUGACCCAGAAGAAAGAAGUAGCUGUUUUCCCAAUUCUGAUUUGACAAAAGGCCUUCAUUAAAAUAUAUAUUAAAUCACAACUCAAUAACUUAGUUUGCAGCUAAGAAUCAUCAAUACUUUGCGUUACUGACUCUAUUUCUAAUCAUUUUUAUGUACUUUACAAAUGUUUAGACACAUUAAAGGCCAAUUAAGAAUUAAAAAUCUUAAUUAAUAUUAAAAUCCAAAUUCUAAAAAUUGUCUCUCUGUUAGAAAUCUCCCCCUUUGCUGCUGACAGAAUGGAUCUAAAGCUCCAAAUUUUCUUCAUCUUUUAGUAACUAAUGUCUAAGAUGGAUAAUGAUUAGUGCUGAUGCACUUUAGAGAGCCUGAAUAAACAUAAACCAUCACUGUGUGCUUCACUUCCUCAGUACAGUUGGGUCUUUUAAGGUGAUUUAAGUUUGGAAUGAAAGCCUCUCAGGUAGAAACUGUUCUGUUUACACAUCAUUCACUCUAAUAUACAUUUAUUAUGCACAGGAAGUGUUCUUUAAAUGCAUAACUUGUGAGAAUAUGUGACCCAGGGUAAACUUGUGUUUCUGCAUUAGUGGUAGCAGUGUUGGUGUUAAUUUUCUUUAACAUCUAUGUCAGAAGAUAAACAAGAAUAGAAAGUUUGUAUACUAGUGCAUUCAUCGCAAAACUCUUCAUUGCAUGAGUCAUUUGUAUAACAGCUUCAAAUGAUUUUGUGGAAAUCUGUUGGCCUCUUAUUUUUUUUACUUGUUAAUUUUAGUGUAAGAACUGCUUGGCCACAAUACAUACAAAAAUGUCACUCAACAAUCUCAAGGUUAAUAUACUUAAACCCUUUUUCUGGCUGGCCAGAAUUUUAAUUUUUGUUUCAAUUUCAGGUCAAAAGGAAACGCAGUGAUACUGUACAAUCAUUGUUUGUCCUUAUCACUUUGCUAUUCUUAUACUUUAUUCCUGUUGUUAAAAAAGUUACUUAUGGCCAUUAAAUAAAAUUGAGAACUGUGUUUCAA